GCGCGCAGGGCGGGUGAGGGGAGCGGAGCGGAGUCGCCGUCCCGGCUGUGGCAGCGGCGGGCGAGGCGAGGCGGGGCGGGGGCUGCAGCGGGAGCCAGAGCAAUGGCGCUGUCCGUACCGGUCAACGGGCUGAAGGAAGGCGACAAGGAGCCCGUCAUCGAGCUCUUCGUCAAGGCUGGCAGUGAUGGUGAGAGCAUAGGAAACUGUCCCUUCUCCCAGAGACUCUUCAUGAUCCUGUGGCUGAAGGGAGUGGUGUUCAGCGUCACAACGGUGGACCUGAAGAGGAAACCAGCAGACCUUCAGAAUUUGGCUCCAGGCACUCACCCUCCCUUCAUCACAUACAACGGGGAAGUGAGAACGGAUGUGAACAAGAUUGAAGAGUUCCUGGAAGAUGUUUUGGCCCCACCCAAGUACCUGAAACUCUCACCAAAGCAUCCAGAAUCCAACACUGCUGGAAUGGAUAUAUUUGCCAAAUUUUCUGCAUUUAUCAAGAACUCCAGACCAGAAGCUAACGAAGCCUUAGAACGUGGCCUGUUGAAAACCCUGCAGAAGUUGGAUGAGUACCUGAACUCCCCCCUCCCUGAUGAGAUCGAUGAGAACAGCCUGGAGGACAUCACAAUCUCCACCCGUAAAUUCCUGGAUGGAAAUGAGAUGACCUUGGCUGACUGCAACCUGCUGCCCAAACUGCACAUUGUCAAGGUGGUGGCCAAAAAAUACCGCAACUUUGAGAUUCCCAAGGAAAUGACAGGGAUCUGGAGAUACCUGACAAAUGCCUACAGCAGGGAUGAAUUCACCAACACCUGUCCUGGAGACAAGGAGAUUGAAAUAGCUUACAGUGAUGUAGCCAAGAGACUCACCAAGUAAUCAGCACUUGCAAAGGAUGGCAUCCUGCAUAUCCCAUAACAACGCUUCUAACAGACUGCUCUUUUCAUAUCAAAUAGCAAUUGGUUUUUUUUUUUUUUUUGCAUGAACUUGCAGUUACUCCAAGUCACGGUGGAUAGACCAGGUACAGUAAUUACCUAAAGUUUGCAGAGUUAAUUACAGGCUCGUUUUCUCCUGACCUGCUGUCACAGCCUUUGAAUUUUGGCCAUUCCCGUUGAGCUGGGGUGACUCUGGAUUCUUCAGUUUGAAGGGUUGUUUUGCCCCUGCUGCUUUUCUCUGUAAACAUUUGGUUCAUGAUUUGUCCAGGAAUUGGUUUAGGAUCYUGUCUCACUCUAUGGUACAAGGAAUAUUUAUGUAUUUUGGAAUUUAUUGCUUUUCCAGAAGAUCUGUACACGAUUGUCAGACCUGUGACACAUUGAACUGUACCUGCUUGUCUAUCCUAUUUACAUAGAGAAGGGAACUUAGUUUCCAAAAGAGCCAUUUGCAGAAUAUUUGGCAAUAUUUUGUUGUGUUAUUUUUAAAUCUCUUGGAUUUGAAGUCACAGUAAUGGUUGAGAACGGACUCGAUGUGCAACUUGGAUUUGAAUGACCUCAACAUCAGGAAAGUUUGAAWCCAGGCUUAAGAGCUGGAGCAGGAAUCUCAAAGUUCAGAAUUAACAUUUAUUGUGUCUUCAAGAGCUUGAGGAGAUUUAAACACCUGCAUUUAUCCCGAAUUUUGAGUUGCAGCAAACAAGUAAUUGUCAGGAUUUACCAUCAGCAAGCAGCAGAGUUGGAAGCUGCCCUCUGUUCACCUURAGAAUUAUUGCAAGUGGCUUUCUUUUUGGUAGUUAAGAGCCUUUGUUUUGUAUAGGUCUUUUUUUUGGUGAUUUUUACUCCCAAAUCUGUUGUGUCAUGAAGCAAGUCCAUGGAWACUGUAGUGUCCUAGCUGGGAACUCGGGGUGGGGAAUAGCAGUGCAAUGAUUAGGGAUGCAAAAUGGACUGAGAGCCAUGAAAUGGGAGCUUUGUGAUGCCCUUUCUUCCCUGAAGAAAGCUAAAGUGACCUUCAAAGAGAACAUUUGCCUUAAAUGAUAGUUUUGGGUUGGKUUUUUUUUUCCUGAAAGGAAAUYUGGGAA